CCCCGGGCCGAAGUGGUGAAGUUGUUCAAGGCCACCUUGCCCGCCAAGGCGAGCCAGGAGGCGACGCCGGAGGAAGCCUCGUCGGCCCUCGCCCCUCAGCUGGCGGUCCUGGGCGUCCCCUGCAAGAAGCACCCUGGGCGGUCCCUGCAGCUCUACUGCCGGAGGUGCCUGCGCGGGGCCUGCGGGCAGUGCGUGUCCGAGGAGCACCACGGCAUCUUCCACUCCGUCAACCUCUUCGACACCGUGUACCAGGAGGAGAAAGGAAAGGAGCAAACUAGUGAGCAUCACACAUGCACCAGGCUUUUGGCCAUAUUUGAAAAACUUCAGAACAAAAGAGGAGGCACUUUGGGUUCUUCAGAUGCUUUGGACUCCAACUCACAUUGUCCCUGCGGUUGGCCAUGCUUCCCUGGGGUCUCUGGGGUUCAAGUCCAAAACAUUAAGAAGCUUGCUUUCUUUAGCAAUCUGAAGAAAAUCAGAGACUUAUAUGAGAAUAUGAUAAAGGAAAUACCAGUUUCACCAAACGGUGCUGGGGUGGUAAUGCUGAAUGAAGAAGAAAUUAUUAAAAUUGAGUUUGAUAAAGUAUAUAAUGCUUUGGAAGUGAGGAAAAAACAGUUACUUGAAGAUGUUGAAGUCCAGAAGAAAAGGAAACUGAAAGAGUCACUAAUAUGGAACAGAAUGAAAGACGUUCACAAGAAAACCAUUGAAAAUGUUCUGAAUGAUUGUGAGAAGCUUUUAAAUGAAUAUAAUCCGCAGCGUUUUCUAGAGGUCGCAUGCAGCUUGAAUCAAAGAAUGAAGACUCAGCUGGACCUCAUGCAAAUAGCAUGCAGCCAUGGGAAUCAGUCAGAAUGCAAACAAGUGCAGAUGGAUACAACAGAUAUAGUUAAUGAUAUCUUAGCCUUGAACCUCACUGCUGUUGAUCUGGAUGUUGUUAAAGCAGACAUUCCUUCCAGAGAUGUUGAACAUUCUAUCUCUGCAAGCCCUGGAAGCAAACUGGAAGUUAAGGAAAAUGUACAGAAAACAACUUAUCCAGUGCCAGGAGAGGAUAUCAUUUUGGAUAAUGGUAGGAGGAUUCCUACUCAGUAUAUGUCACUUUCUGCUGCAACUGAAUUUGGACGCAUGAGUCAUGAGGAGAUGCGUUAUAACUAUUAUAUGAAACAUCAAGUGUGUUUAGAUGAAUUACAGGCACAGAUCUCUCCUCAAAAUGAAAAUUUUCCAUUAUUGAAAUGUUUGUCUUCAAAGAGCGCAACUUCAAGAUUUGUUCCUUCUUGUCUUAGUGCUAAAGCAAAAAAUAAGAAAAAAAUCGCAACAUUACAGAGACCAUGUUUUAGUGAAUCUGGUGUGUCUAAUCCACUUGGUUUUACAUUCAAUGCAGAAGCAAUGAACUUCAAUUUCUGUAGCUCAAACAAUAAACUGAAUCUUCAAAGAGUGAAUCAGUCUCAGAAUGAUGCCAAGGAAACUUCCCAAUCAGCAGUUAGCAAUAGCUGUCAAAAUACAACAAAAUUACUUCAACCUCAUGUAGUAACACUUUCUUCUGAAGACCUCAUCUCAUCUACUGUAUUUCCAAAAGUAUCUGAGUUAGCAGCAGUAUCUGUUGCUGCUGUAAACCCAUGUAUUUCAGGUGCUGUGUCAGGACAUUCAGCUUCACCUUUCAUUUUUGGUCCAAGUGGCAAUUUGGGAACAACUCCUUCAAGUAAGAAAUCGUCUGUAAUGUUUGAAAAAGAAAAGGUGGCUUUCUCCACUCUUUCUCUGGUUAGAUCUGAAAGCCAGGAUUGCAACAUAAACAAUAUAAAUGUUUAUAAUUCAACAAAUGGUUUCUUGACAGUUGCUACCACUGUCUCUACCAUCAGUCCAAAGUCUGGUACAGCUGUAAGUGGAAAUCCUUUCUUAUCUACUUUUCCUGCUAAUUCUGAAAGUGAUUCUUGUCAGACAACUACAGUGAGCAGCAGUUCAGAGCAAAAGUCAUUUUCAUAUUUGAUUGCUGAUCAGAAGAUACUACAAGGAAACAAAGCAGUUUGCUUCAGGAAACAGAAUAAUGAGGGUAAUAGUUGGGUCACAUACUCUGCCAUUGACUCUAAUAAGCACUUAAUAUAUAGCUCUAAUGAUGCUUUCUCCAUGGCCUGCACAACAUCCAGUUUUACUGCUUCUCAUAUGAUAGAUACUUCAGAAAAGCAGCCUAUACCUGAUAGUGUCUCCUCAAAGAAUGACUGUUCCACAAAUGGCAUUCAUCUUUUACCUUUGAAAAGAGGCAACAAAAAUUGUGGUGAUACUUUAAUCUCCAUAAAACCUUUAAAGAAAAUUGAAUGUGCAACUGAGAAAUCAAAAGUGAAACCUGAAGACAAAAAUGUAACUGUACAAAGAUCUGUGCCUUCAAAAAAAGAUGUAGCUGCUUAUAAAGAACUGAAAGACAUAAGGAACUGCUCUUCCUUGGCUUCUAUCAACAAGUGUCCAAAAGCAAAAACUUGUAGUGUACUAGUUCCUCAGCAAAAUGUAGCCCAUGAUCUUACUGUAAACAGCACUUCAGAUUCAGUUAAACUCACAGAAAUGGAGAAUUCAUUAGAAAUCUUUCCACCAGCUGUUGAAGACCAUAAAGUGUUUUCUUCAGUUCUUGAUGGAGCAAGUUGCACAGUAAAUUCAGAUUCUGAUGUAGAAGAUUUAAGCCAAGCAUCUAAUGUUAGUGAUUCUAGUAGUACAUCUGAAUAUUUUUCUGUUACUGAGGAUCAAAUUUCCUGUUGACACUUGAGCACAUGCAACAGAAUAAAGCUGGAAAUUGCUAUAAAUCUUGAGUAUUUUAAAGCAAUGUGAUCAAAUUUGAUACCAAUUUCAAAUAUUUUUAUAGUAUGUAGUGUAGUAUUUUGAAACACAUAACAUCAAAAUGGUCUGUCUUAAUUUGUUCUCAGAAAGUUAAACUUUUCAAACUGUUAAUGUUUAAAACUGCAGGAACAAUAGUACAAUUGCUCUGUAGCUGUGAGGACCUUCAGAUACCAUUUUUGAGAUUUAUACACACUGGUUAUUUUUAGUAGUAAAGAAACUCAUACAGUGGGCCAAUUCCGACUAAUUAUUUCGCCAUCAUAAAGCCAUAGUUUUUGAAAGCACAGCUUAUGAAACUAAAUGAUCACUUGGCCCUCACCACUGCCAACUCUUGUGCACAGGCUUCACUUUGAUGAUUGACUUUAACCAGGGCCAUUUUCUGUUAUGGUCAAAAUAAGAAACUGGGAUAGUGUUGGCUCACUAAAGAACUGAAGUGAGAAUUCCAGAUUGAUUUUAAGUCCUGGUUAAUAAACUACUAUUAAACUAUGAUCCAGUAUUGUGGUCUGUAAGAUCAAAAUGCUAAAGCUGAUUUUUAAUUUAGCAAGCAGUACAGAAGCCUGGUGUUCUUGUUUACAUAAAUCCGUGAUCCCUGAAGCCAAGAAAUAGCACACAAUAACAUUAGCUUUGGAGUUUGUACCCAUAAAGUUCUAUAGUAAGCAAUUUCUUUUUUGUCUUUUAUGUAUUUAUCUUGUAUUGAUCCUGAAAAUUCUGUUCCUCAUUAAAUAUUAAAAUGUUGAUAGAAUUCUGUUAAA